ACGGUCCAUGUAAGUUUGCUGUUUCAAGCUCCGUACUAGGUGGGCAUUUAUAGUUACAUGUUUUUUCUCUUCUCAGAAUCCCUUAUUAUAGCCAACGCCUCCAAGAAAAACCUCUUCUUGCCCAUAGCAACCGCAGCCGUUUCAUCGUACUCAGUAGCCUCCAACCACCGGCGUCCGCCGCCAAUCAACCGACAGUUAGAAGAACCCACCGGAGGGAAGGCAGGCGAUAUGGGCGGCCAUGGAAAGGCAGGAGAUGAAGAGAAGCAGCAGGUAGAAGCACCCAAGAUGGCGUCGUUUGAUCUCAAUGAUUUCAAGAUUAUCAAGGAAGGAGAGGCCGAGAUUAUAAUGCACUCCAAGAAUGCUGUCUUUUUCAACAAAGCCCAGGUUAACAACAGAGAUAUGUCUAUUGCUGUUUUGAGGGAAUUUAUAGCAAAGAGGAAGCAGGAGCAUGAAGCAUUUGUGGCCAGAAAAACAAAGGUGGUUCCAAAGGAUAAAGAUAAUUCUGGUAUGGAACUGGAUGCUCCAGUUGAUAAUGAUCAGCAUAAUGGAACACCUAAUAAUGGGUGUGAAGUCACAGAAGAAACGUCUCAGGAUGAGCAAUGUAGCAUUUCUGAAGAACCAAUCAAAAGUCUGGGAGGAAAGUGCAGAGAACUGAAGCCACCACGAGUUCUUGAGGCUCUAUCAGCUUCUGGUUUGAGGGCUUUAAGAUAUGCGCGUGAAAUUGAAGGGAUUGGCCAAGUCGUGGCCUUGGACAAUGAUAAAGCCUCUGUUGAAGCUUGUCUGAGAAACAUAAAAUUCAAUGGCUCAGUGGCCUCUGCAAAGGUGGAGUCUCACCUUGAUGAUGCUCGAGUUUAUAUGCUCACUCAUCCAAAAGAAUUUGAUGCGGUUGAUCUAGAUCCAUACGGUUCACCCUCUGUGUUCCUGGACUCUGCUGUUCAGUCUGUCGUUGAUGGGGGCUUAUUAAUGUGUACUGCAACUGAUUUGGCAGUGCUGUGUGGAGCAAAUGGCGAGGUUUGCUAUUCCAAAUAUGGUUCUUAUCCAUUGAAAGGAAAAUAUUAUCAUGAAAUGGCAUUGAGGAUACUUCUUGCCUGCAUUGAGAGCCAUGCAAAUCGACACAAAAGAUAUAUUGUUCCUGUAUUGUCAGUUCAUAUUGACUUCUAUGUGCGUGUCUUUGUUCGCAUCUAUACUUCGGCAAGUGCUAUGAAGAAUACUCCCUUAAAGCUGUCAUAUGUUUAUCAGUGCAUCGGUUGUGAUUCUUUCCAUCUUCAGCCACUCGGUAGAACUGUGUCCAAGAACAACAAUGUGAGGUUUCUUCCCGGGUUUGGUCCGACUGUUACUCAAGAUUGCGGUGAUUGUGGUAAGAAAUUGAACAUGGGUGGACCUAUAUGGUCUGCUCCAAUCCACGAUCAAGAGUGGGUAGCUUCCAUUCUUGCGGAUGUGAAAUCGAUGAAGAACCGGUAUCCUGCUUAUGACCGAAUCUCUGCUAUACUGACAACAAUUUCAGAGGAAUUACCAGAUGUUCCUCUGUUUCUAAGUUUGCACAAUCUCUGUGCAACGCUCAAAUGUACUUCUCCCUCCGCAGUUAUGUUUCGGUCUGCAGUGAUCAAUGCAGGAUAUCGUAUAUCGGGAACUCAUGUGUGUCCUUUGGGGCUGAAAACGGAUGCUCCAAUGGAGGUCAUUUGGGAUAUAAUGCGUUGCUGGGUCAAAAAUCAUCCUGUGAAAGCUCAACCGCUUGAACUGUCUGGAAGCGUGAUUCUUGCUAAGGAACCUGUUCUGCAGGCGAAUUUUGCACGGGCCGUUGCAUCGCUGAGCAAGGCACAGGCAAAGAAGGUUGCACGCUUCCUUCCCAAUCCCGAAAGACAUUGGGGCCCAAAACUCAAGGCCGGCCGCCAGAUCAUGAGCAAACAUAUCUCUCUUUUGGGUCCAGAAGCAAUGAAUGGAUUAAGCAACCACGAAGAUGACGAAGAACCUGCAGCCAAGCGUAAGAAGACAGAAGAAGAUCCCCCUCAAGAGUCGUAAAGCUAUUAAUAUGACAAUAUGUUUCUUCUUCUGCUGCAUCUACUUGCACACAGAGAGACUCAUCCCAUUCUGAAAUUUACUGAAAGUUCUUACAUCAAAAAGAAGAUUGCUCUGCCAUGUAUGUUGAAAUUUUGAUUCUGAAAGGUCAAAUUUUGUUAUGGUGUUGGUUUCCUCCAACUGAUGUGCAUGGAAACAGAGCUCUUGGCAACGUAUUCAAUUCAUUAUUUCCUUGAAGAA